AUGGGAAGUCUGUCUGUUAGCGCGUUUUCUAUCUAUCUAUCUAUCUAUCUAUCUAUCUGUGUAUGUAUGUAUCUAUCUAUCUAUCUAUUUAUCUAUCUAUCUGUUUUGCUCAUAUAUAUCUAUCUAUCUAUAGCAGUUGCUUCAUAUCUAUCUAUAAGAGUCUGUUUAUCUAUCUAUCUAUCUAUCUAUCUAUCUAUCUAUCUAUCUGUGUAUGUAUGUAUCUAUCUAUCUAUCUAUCUAUUUAUCUAUCUAUCUGUUUUGCUCAUAUUCAUCUAUCUAUCUAUCUAUCUAUCUAUCUAUCUCUCUCUCUCUCUCUAUAUAUAUAUAUAUAUAUAUAUAUAUAUAUCAGUCUAUUCUUAUCUGUCUCUCUGUCUAUCUAUCAGUUUGCUCAUAUCUAUCUAUCUAUCUAUAGCAGUUGCUUCAUAUCUAUCUAUAAGAGUCUGUUUAUAUCUAUCUAUCUAUCUAUCUAUCUAUCUAUCUAUCUAUCUAUCUGUGUAUGUAUGUAUGUAUCUAUCUAUCUAUUUAUCUAUCUAUCUAUCUGUGUACAUAUUUUGCUCAUAUCUAUCUAUCUAUCUAUCUAUCUAUCUAUCUAUCUAUCUAUCUAUAGCAGUUGCUUCAUAUCUAUCUAUAAGAGUCUGUUUAUAUCUAUCUAUCUAUCUAUCUAUCUAUCUGUGUAUGUAUGUAUGUAUCUAUUUCUAUCUAUCUAUCUGUCUGAUUGGUUCAUAUCUAUCUAUCUAUCUAUCUAUCUAUCUAUCUAUCACAGUUGAUUCUUCUCUCUCCCCAUCUAUCUAUCUAUCUAUCUAUGACAGUCUUUUCUUAUCAGUCUAUCUCAGUUUGUUCAUAUCUAUCUAUCUAUCUAUCUAUCUAUCUGUCUAUCUAUAUAUCUAUCUAUCUAUCUCAGUCUGUUCCUAUCUAUGUAUCUCUGUUCAUAUCUAUCUAUCUAUCUAUCUAUCUAUCUAUGAAAGUCUGUUCAUAUUCCCAUCUCUCUCACUCUCUCACUCUCUCACUCUAUCUAUCUAUCUAUCUAUCUAUCUAUCUAUCUAUCUCACUCAUUCUUUUCAUUAUCUAUCUAUCUCCGUCUGCCUAUAUCUAUCUAUCUAUCUAUCUAUCUAUCUAUCAUCCGCUUAUUCCUAUCUAUCUAUCUAUCAAUCUAUCUAG